CACCCAAUGACAGAUUACAAUGUGGAAGGCUGCAUUGACCUCCCCCCGAAUUCACCUCUAGUACGCAGCCAUGUUUCGGUCUUUGAGAAGUGUUCGGCAGUUUAACUGCAACCUCCUGACUUUACAAAGACUCAGCGUCAACUCUAAACUCCCCAUCUGCACCUCCAGGAUGGCCAGCUCGGAGUACAGGCUGGAGCGGGAUACCUUUGGGGAGCUCAAGGUUCCGGCGGACAAGUACUACGGUGCUCAGACCGUCAGAUCCACCAUGAACUUCAAGAUUGGGGGACCAAGUGAGAGAAUGCCGAUCCAAGUGAUCAAGGCCUUUGGCAUCCUGAAGAGAGCGGCCGCUGAGGUAAACAAGGACUAUGGCCUCGACCCAAAGAUAGCAGACGCGAUCGUCCAGGCUGCAGACGAGGUUUCAGCUGGUAAACUGGACGAUCAUUUCCCUCUGGUGGUGUGGCAGACUGGCUCUGGCACUCAGAGCAACAUGAAUGUCAAUGAGGUGAUCAGCAACAGGGCUAUUGAGAUCCUAGGAGGGAAACUGGGCUCCAAGGAUCCUGUCCACCCGAACGAUCAUGUCAAUAAGAGUCAGAGCUCCAAUGACACCUUCCCCACUGCCAUGCACAUUGCUGCAGCCACAGAGGUCCACCACGUCCUGCUGCCAGGCCUGCAGACUCUACACGAUGCUCUGGCUGCCAAGUGUGAAGAGUUCAAAGACAUCAUCAAGAUCGGGCGCACACACACCCAGGAUGCUGUCCCCCUCUCUCUGGGACAGGAGUUCAGCGCCUACGUGCAGCAGGUGAAGUACAGCAUUGAGAGGGUGAAGGCUGCCAUGCCCAGGGUGUAUGAGCUGGCAGCAGGAGGCACAGCAGUGGGCACGGGACUCAACACCCGCAUUGGCUUUGCUGAGAAGGUAGCCUCCACCGUGGCCUCCCUCACGGGUCUGCCAUUUGUGACUGCCCCCAACAAGUUUGAAGCUCUGGCAGCCCACGACGCUCUGGUGGAGCUGAGCGGGGCUCUGAACACGGUGGCCGUCAGCAUGAUGAAGAUCGCCAACGACAUCCGCUUCUUGGGGUCGGGCCCUCGCUCCGGCCUGGGGGAGCUCAUCCUCCCAGAGAACGAACCAGGAAGCAGCAUCAUGCCAGGCAAGGUGAACCCCACUCAGUGUGAGGCCAUGACCAUGGUGGCAGCCCAGGUGAUGGGGAACCACGUCGCGGUCACCAUCGGAGGCAGCAAUGGACACUUUGAGCUCAACGUGUUCAAACCAAUGAUGGUAAAGAACGUGCUGAACUCGGCUCGGCUGCUGGGUGACGCCUCAGUCUCCUUCACCAAUAACUGCGUGGUGGGCAUCCAGGCCAACAGGGAGAGGAUCGACAAGCUCAUGAAUGAGUCUCUCAUGCUGGUCACUGCACUCAACCCGCACAUCGGUUAUGACAAAGCGGCCACCAUUGCCAAGACGGCUCACAAGAAAGGCUCCACGCUGAAGGCCACGGCCGUGGAGCUGGGCUACCUGACCGAAGAGCAGUUCGACCAGUGGGUGAAGCCAAGUGAGAUGCUCGGGCCAAAGUAAACUCUGAAUGCGCACGAAACACUACAGAACAAAGAAAGAACGCCCUCUCCAGUGUGAGAAAAGACUAUUUACAUUUAAAUCAAAGCGGUUGAACUGUCUGGACAAAACAUUCUCUCAGUCCUGAACAUCUCUCAUCUCUUAAUAAACUAUUUGAGAAUCCUU